GGAGGAAGGACCUGCAUAUGAAACACACGCUGCAGACUGUGUGACUGGCAACGUUUUCUAGUGAGGAGCUUAAAUCAACAACAGGGAUGAAGACACAGUCGGUGCUGGUCUCUGCAGCAGUGAUGGUGCUGCUGCUGCUCGGCCCGUUGAGGAGCGCAGAUGCUGCCACCUUCCAGGGCGCGUUCCCACACCCCAACAAAUACAACCCAAACGAAUCGGACAGGUGCCAGCAACCCGCCAUCGGUGGACUAAUUUCCCGCGGGAUGGGACCUGUGACCUCCACCGACGAAGUGCUGGAGUCCAGUCAGGAGGCGCUGCACGUCACGGAGCGUCGGUACCUGAGGCUGGACUGGUGCAAGACGCAGCCGCUCAAGCAGAGCAUCCGGGAGGAGGGCUGCCUGAGCCGCACCAUCAUCAACCGGUUUUGUUACGGACAGUGCAACUCCUUCUACAUCCCGAGGCAUAAUUACCAGGACGGGGAUGCCUUUCAGUCUUGCUCUGCCUGCAAACCCAAAACCUUCAGCACUGUCACGUACACCCUCUACUGCCCGGGUCAGACACCCAACACGAGGAAGAAACGGAUCCAGCGCGUCAAGCAGUGUCGCUGCACAACAAUAGAUACGGAUUAGACCCAAACCGACUCAUCCAGGUUACAUUACAUUACAUUACAGUCAUUUAGCAGACGCUUUUAUCCAAAGCGACU